AAGUGUCAUGCCCAGUGUCGAUCUGAGAAGAAGAGAGAAGAAAAGGAUCAAGCACGUUUUGUUCUAAAUUUUAUAAGGAAAAGCAGGAUAUACCAUCAAAAUCAUUAUUAAAUGCCAGCCGAGAUGACUGAUCCAAAUGGAAAUGCCAACCACAGACUCAAAUCCUACAAGAACUUGGCACUUGAUUCUUCAGAACUUCGUAGAAGACGAGAGGAAGAAGGUAUUCAGAUACGAAAACAGAAACGAGAUCAACAAUUGUUUAAACGACGCAAUGUCUCUAUGCCAGCUCCGGGGGAAGACAUGACAGUCGGUGAUAUACAGGAGAGCGCAAUAUCUUCAACAUCAGCUGGGGGAAUAACUCCAGAAAUGGUACAAGCAUUAUACAGUGAUAAUACAGAAGAUCAGGAAGCUGCUACCCAAAAAUUUAGAAAACUUUUAUCAAGAGAACCUAACCCACCAAUUGAUGAAGUUAUCCAUACUGGUAUGGUUCCACGAUUUGUGGAGUUUUUACAGCGAGAUGGAAGCUGGACUUUACAGUUUGAAGCAGCAUGGGCUCUAACUAAUAUCGCAUCUGGUACAUCACAACAAACCCGUAUAGUUCUAGAAGCUGGAGCGGUUCCUAUCUUUAUUAGGUUAUUGAGUUCAGAGAUUGAAGAUGUACAAGAACAGGCUGUAUGGGCGUUAGGUAAUAUAGCAGGUGAUAGUCCUGAUUGUAGAGAUUAUGUUUUAAAUGAAGGAAUACUGGUUCCAUUAUUACAAUUAUUAAGUAAAAGUACAAGUUUAUCAAUGACAAGAAAUGCUGUUUGGUGUCUAUCUAAUCUCUGUAGAGGUAAAAAUCCUCCACCCGAUUUUCAAAAGGUCUCUCCAGCCUUACCAGUUUUAGCUCGUCUGUUAUUCCACACGGAUAAAGACGUACUAGCUGAUGCAUGCUGGGCUUUAUCAUAUUUAUCUGACGGACCGAAUGAAAAAAUUCAGGCUGUAAUAGAUUCUGGUGUAUGUAGAAGAUUAGUAGAACUUUUAAUGCAUACACACCAGAGUGUUGUAGCUGCCGCGUUACGAGUUGUAGGUAAUAUUGUUACUGGUGAUGAUUGUCAAACACAGGUAAUAUUAAACUGUUCAGCAUUGCCAUGUUUGUUACAUCUAUUGGGUAAUAGUAAAGAAACAAUAAGAAAGGAAGCAUGUUGGACAAUAUCUAAUAUUACAGCUGGUAAUAGAGUACAGAUACAGGCUGUGAUAGAUGCCAAUAUCUUCCCUGUAUUAAUAGACAUAUUAGGUAAAGCUGAAUUUAAAACCAGGAAAGAAGCUGCCUGGGCUAUAACCAACGCAACAUCAGGUGGUUAUCCAGAACAAAUCAGAUUUCUGGUUGAUCAAGGCUGUAUACCACCAUUAUGUGAUCUUUUAACUGUAAUGGAUAGCAAGAUCGUCCAGGUAGCUCUAAAUGGUUUAGAGAAUAUUUUAAGACUGGGUGAACAAGACAAGAAGAACACGAAUAAUGUUAAUACAUAUGCUGUACUAGUAGAAGAAUGCUAUGGUUUGGAUAAAAUCGAGUUCCUACAAAGUCAUGAGAAUCGUGAAAUUUAUCAGAAAGCGUUUGACAUCAUUGAGAAGUAUUUCGGUUCGGAAGAAGAGGACAAAGCAAUUGCACCUCAAGUAGACGAGAAUAAUCAACAAUUUGCAUUUGGUGCCCCGGAGAAUGCCCAGAUGGGUGAAUUUAUGUUCUAGAAUAACUAUAGCCUUCCGUUCUUUACGAUCGAUCGAGAUUAUCCAGCAUUUUCUACUGAGAAUAAAGACUGUCCUCAGGUCAGUCUUCUUGUUUCCAUGGAAACUGUUAUGGACAGAUUGUGCUGCCAUAGUUCCUUGGAAAUGUAAUCUACUUGUUUGCCAUGGUAACCGAGGAUUUUGAACCUCGUUUCCAAGUGUUAUUGUGAUAUUUGAUUGGAAUCAAAACGCCAAUUAAAGACAUUAAACUACGACCCAAUGUCCAUGGGUUACUUUUUUAGUGCCACAAGAUUUUUCCGUAAAAAAUGACAAGAGACUUGUGCUUUACAGAAUACAACAUUGGCGUCGUUGACAGUGGUGCCAACUAUCAACUUUAAUUUCUUCCGGAGGAAAUGUUAAAAUGAUUGGAUGAUGUCGAAAAAAAAUCCAAGAUCUUACUAAAUAUUGCUACUAAUAAAAAAAAAACGAAUAAGAUUUGUUGAUACUGAAUUUGUUAAAUAUGUAAAUUGAGAAUAAAUUUAUGUUGAAGUUUUAUAGGGCUUCACCAUAGCUGUAAUCUUUAUGAGAAUGGUUUUUGUUGCUAUGGUUCCCAAUAUGUUCACAUAAUAAUAUAUCUUUUAGGAUGUUCCAUGUAGAAUUACUUAGGAUUGAAUGGGGUGGGAAUGACACUUUUUUAUAGAUCCCAUCUACCAGCAAAAUAUCUAGAUUUAUUUACCCUUCUGCAAAUAGACAUUUUUUUUUUUAUAAAUUGCAUGUAAAACAUGCUGACAAUUUUUCAAGAUGCUGUCUACUAAUAGAAUAUAAUUUUUCUAAUGCCAGAUCAUUUUGAAAAGUGACAUUCCCUCCUACCCAGGUAAUAACUAUGACAGUGAACUCAAACAUCAGUGUUGAAUUGUAUAUUAUUCAAUGGCCUCUAUACAGAUUUUAAAUAAAUUGUUUAAGCAGCAUUUGGUAAUUAAGAAUAAAACAUGACAAAAACAUGGAAUACAAUUGACUUACAUAUUUAUUUCUGUUCUUGCCUUUCUCAAGUAUGAAACAUCACCAGAAAUAAACACCCAAGUAACUUUUAAUCCAGUAUGUCAUGUUUUAUUUCGACUUGAAAGUAAUGAGAGAUGAAGAGUAUUUUUCACAUAUUUCUUUUCUUUCAAGUAUUCAUUCUAAAAUAAAUAAUGGAACAGUAAUUGGUCAAAUAUGUUACAUGUACCUUUAUAUUAUUGAUGGAAACUUUAAGUUUUGAUGAAACCUUUAUUAUUAUUAUUAUUAUUUUGACGUCAUACAAGUUUCUUUCCAGUAUGGUGGAGACAAGCAACCAAUAAUGAUUCUCAGAUAUAUAGGUGCUGAAAUUCUGGGUCUAAUUAAAUUUAUAGUUAUUUUGACUUUCUAUUUCUAGAAACGAGUUAAAGACAAAAGAAAAUUGUUCAUAAUAUUUUUGAUUAUAUUGAAAUUGGAUGAUACGUUUCAUAUAUCAUCCAUUUUAUGAUUCUUACAAUUAGGUACUAUUUUUGUCAUAAUUAACUUGAAUCUCUGGUAAGAGAUGUCAUCUGCUUUUGUUAUAAUAUUUAAAUCUCAAAUUUAUAAUUGUUAAAUAUUUUAUUCAAUUUCAUUUUGUCAAGAACUAAAUGAAAUAUUUCAAUUUAAAAUUUUAUUUCGUAAAUUUGAUUGUAAUUGGCUUCGGUAGAUCAGGUAAAUAAGUAUUAAUGCAGGAAGUAGUCACAAAAACCCUGAGCUGUUUUUAAAAUCAUAGAGCUGCAUAAGUGAACUGGGCUAAAGCAGUCAAUGAAAUGAGAAAAAAAAAAUAAUAACAUAUUGUUGUAGUCAUAUUCCCAGGCCCAACUCUACAAAACAUACCUCUAGUUAUAGGCUCAUGGAAAUUGGAUUUUUUUUCACGAAAAAAAUCUAUUGAACUUAAAAUCUUCAUGAUUUUUUAAGCCCAGUUACCAAGGUAAAAACCACAGGGCUGACAAGGAAAGUGUGGUUAGUAGUUUGGAUGGGACAAAAAAAAACAAACAAUGAGUUCCACCUUGGUGUACAGUGCAUGUAAAAAUACCCUUGAUAGUUGGAUUUCGAUGAAGAAUAUGCAGAAACUAUCCAGGCAAUUUACACCUCCUUCGCACUGCUCACAUAACCAUUGAAAAUAAUAAGCAUAUAUAAAUCUCAAAAUGAACCUUCGUGCAGAUUACUUUUUCUUGAUAUAAGUAAAACUACAUAUUAUUUUCAUUAGGCUUAUUCAGCUACUGAAAUGACCUGGACUCAACCAAUCUCAUCACUGAGAGGACCUAAUCAAGAUUUGACCCAAGGUCAAGUAAACUUCCAAAAAGUUAAACAACAAAAAGAAAUGUUGCAUUGCUGAUGAAUUUUUUCGUCUGACUUUAUCUAUGUUUUGUUCAGCAGGGUCAUUGUGUAGUUCUUAGAGAAAUCUUACAUAUCUGCUAAAGACUCUUUGAUCUUUAAAGUUACUACUAUUUUAAACUAAUAAACAGUAUGACAUACAUGUAUGUAAAUCUGAAGAAAAUAUCAAUUAAGUUUCUCUGAAAGUCAUACCAAAAUCAAACUUUCUUUGAACUAGUUAGAUAAGCUAGCUGCUAUAGAUAAGUCCGUAAUAAUAGAAAACAUUGUGUAAAUGAAAAAAUACACAUUGAUGCCAAAAUUUGUUAAAAAAUAAAAUGGAAGAAAUUUGUUUUAGCUUUCUUGUCUAUUUAAUAAUAUCCUGUAAACAAAAUAAAAACUUUGCUGCAUUGA